AUGUCCGCUUCGCCCCCCCAGCCCGCAAACUCGGCCAAGCGCCCCCUCGAGGAAACCUCCUCCCCGUCGCGCAGCAACGACCAACCCGACGCGAAGCGCCCGGCCUUGGACAAGAUUGUGAAGAAUGAUGAGGAGGUUGAAAUGGCACAGGCCCCCGAGACUACUGCCAUCCCCACCACGGAAACGAACGAUGCAGAGAAGACGAACGGCUCCGACGUCAAGUCAGAGCAAGCCGAUGCUGAGGGCAGCGAGACGAAGCCGAUCCAGAGCUCCGUCGCCGGCUCUGUCCCUGCCACCUCUACCCCCUCGGCGAGCCACGACGAGAGAGAUUGGAUCCACAUUCGCGCUGUUAUUUCUAGUCCUGAAGCUGCCACGAUUAUCGGAAAAGGCGGGGAGAAUGUUUCCAACAUCCGCAAAAUGUCCGGUGCCAAAUGCACUGUGAGCGACUACCAGAAGGGGGCUGUCGAGCGCAUCUUGACCGUUAGCGGCGUUGUGGACGCUGCUGCAAAGGCCUUCGGACUCAUUAUUCGAACCCUUAACAACGAGCCUCUGGCCGAGCCUUCAAGCGCCCAGUCAAAGACAUACCCCCUGCGCCUGCUAAUCCCCCACAUCCUGAUCGGUUCCAUCAUUGGAAAGGGCGGUGCUCGCAUUCGUGAGAUCCAGGAGGCUUCCGGGGCCCGGCUUAAUGCUUCUGAUUCCUGCUUGCCACUGUCCACCGAGCGCUCGCUCGUGGUCAUGGGUGUCGCCGACGCCGUCCACAUCGCGACCUACUAUGUCGGCAGCACUCUCCUCGAGCAGCUGAACGACCGAUUCGGUGGUCCAGCCGCUUCUGCCUACGCCACGAGAAGCGGUGGCCCUGCCGGUGUCGUUCCCGGCGGCAUGCAGGUCGUCCCUUACUGCCCGCAGCCUACCACCGGCGGCAAUUACGGCAACCGUGAGAACUACAACCGCAGGCAUGAUGCUCGUGCUCAGCACCCCGGUCUCCCCGCUGCUCCUUACGGCGCGCAGCCAUACCCCCCUCAUGCGGCUCAGCCAAACCCAGCAAUGCCCAUUCACUACGGCGCAGCGCAGGCCGGUGGCUACGGUGCUGCCGCUCCCAUGCAGCCCCACGCUGGUGCUGCCGUUCCCCAACCUCACGGCGCCCAUCCUGCUCAGCCCAUGCAUGGAGCCGCUGUUGCCGGCGCUCCCUUGACCCAGCAGAUCUACAUUCCCAACGAUAUGGUUGGAGCCAUCAUCGGAAAGGGUGGGCAGAAGAUCAACGAGAUACGCCAGAUCAGCGGCAGUGUGAUUAAGAUCAACGAGCCUCAAGACAACAGCAACGAACGGCUGGUCACCAUUACGGGAACGGAGGAGUGCAAUCGGAUGGCGCUAUACAUGCUUUAUUCUCGUCUUGAAUCGGAAAAACACCGGAUCUAA